CCAUUACCAGAUAAUUUUGCAGUAAGUGAAGGACGUUUAAAGUCAUUGAAAGGUAGAUUAGUGUCUAAAGGUAUACUUAAUGAUUAUGACAAAAUCUUCAAAGACUAUGAACAAAAUGGCAUUAUUGAACAAGUUCCUGCUGAUGAAGUUGCAGGAGAAGUAGGUCAGGUCCAUUAUCUUCCACAUAGACCAGUAAUUCGCGAGGAUAAGGAAACCACUAAGAUCCGUGCAGUGUUUGAUGCUUCUUGUAAAGUUAAUGGUCCCUCACUUAAUGAAUGUCUCUACUCAGGACCAAACCUUCUUGCUAAAAUUUUUGACAUUCUUAUAAGAUUUCGACUAAAUAGAAUUGCAAUUUUGGCUGAUAUUAAACAGGCAUUCUUGAACAUAGCUAUAUCAUCAGAGCAUAGAAAUUACUUGCAUUUUUUAUGGUUUGACGUCGAGUCUGGAGAAAUGAGAGUUUACAAGUUUUUGAGACUUGUUUUUGGAUUGACAAGUAGUCCAUCCUAA